ACACAGCAUCGAACGAAUCGAAGCAUACUCGAGCAGCUAGCUCGUAGCAGACCAUACAGUCAAUCGGAUGGCAAGCGGCACCGGGAAGGCGAUGGGGUCGUCGUGGACGUCGGCGAUGAGGUCGUCGUGCGCGGGCACCGUCGAGGCGCUCAAGGACCGGCACGCCGGGCUGUGCCGCUGGAGCUACGCGUUCCGGUCCGCCCAGCAGCUCGGCAGCACUACUGCGGCGGCCGGGAACAACAAGGGCAAGGCGGCGCCCGCUGCCGGUGGUGCCACGGCGAGGAGGAAGGCGAGGCAGGAGCAGGAGGAGGAGCUCCGCACAGUCAUGUACCUUAGCAACUGGGGCCCAAACAACUAGCUGGCGAAGACGAACCAUUAGUUGCAACCUAGCUAGUAGAUCUUGUAAAGAUGGCUUGGAUCGAUGAACUCAGCAUCGGCAAGAACCAGGAAGCAGCUGUGCUUACGCAGUUCAGGGAUCGAGUCCCCACUCCCCACUCCCCAGUGCGUGAGCUUUCCGGUGACACACUGGUACAACCCUUGAAUGACAGUCUUUCAUGAACGCAUACAU